AAGGCGCGCCGAGCUCAAAGUUCCUGCACGGAGACCGGGACGCAGCAGCGGGAUCAACCCACGGACACGGGAUCAACCCACGGACACGGGAUCAAACCACGGCUAAAAAUAAAAUGGCAACGGUUUCAGAGUCGGAGUGGAAAAAAGCUCUGACCUCCAUCAUCGAGGAGCUGGACGACUCACAGCUGAAAGACAUGCUGGAAUUUCUGGAAAUCCCCAAACAGAGGACGUCUACAACGAGCAGAGAGCUGAUCCCCCAAAGAAUCAUUGAGAGCUGUGGAGUGGAAACAUCCAUCCACAAAAUCAGGGAAGCAGUGGAUCGAAUCCCACAGAGAGACGGAGCAGUCCUGAAACACCUGCAGCCCUUUGUGGACGAACUGAAGAGCAAAGAGGAGGAAAAAGGACAGAAGAGGAAACACAGAGAAACUGAGUCAGAGGAUGAGACGCCUGAAGCUGGCUUUAAGAAGAACAACAUUGUGAGUGAUUCGUGUUCAGAUGAAGAGGCUGAAGCUGAUGAACUGAAGAGCCCUCAGCCUGACAAGGAGAGAAAAAUGCCUCCGUGGAGAAUAUCCAUCCAUGAUCUAAAGAUCGUUGGUCAACUUGGAAAAAAAGCCAUUGCAGGCAAAGUGGUGCAGAAAUCUGGUCUUCGUACAUAUCAAACCAAAGACAAGCAGAAAAAGUUUUUCUUCUUCCUCGGGGUGGCUGAUGAAACCAGCAGCAUUAAAGUGAUGGUGUAUGGAAACGAGCGCUAUCAGGUUUUCACUGUGGGGGACUGCUACCUGUUCAGAAACGUCCUCAUGGAGGAAAAAGUCAUGAAAGUGACCAAAAUGAGCAACAUAUCAAGGACGGCAACUCUCGAUGUCCCCCAGAAUCUGGAGAUGGAGGCUCGGAUGCUCGUUGAUUUCCAGAUCCCAGUUUGCUCCAUCGCACAGGCCAACAGUGCUGCAGAGAGGACCUCAGUGAGCAUUGAAGGAACCAUAACAGAGAUCGCAUCGGUUGAAAACAUCAAGCUAAAGUCCAAACGGAGAAAGAAAGCCAAGCAAGAGCUCAGACUUGAAGACAGCACCGGUUCCAUCAGGAUCACCUUGUGGGGUGAAGACAUCAAGCAGCUCAGAGGAAAAUCACAUGGAGACGUCGUCAGGGUGACCAACGUGAGGACCAGCCGCUUCCAUGAUGCAGUAUCGCUGAACUCAACAACUUUCACCAGAAUUUUCCAGGUUCAAAGUGCUGCGGUGCAGAACGUCACCAUCGAGAUCAUCGGGAUCAUAAAAGCCAGCAGGACGCAGACGGAGCUGGAUGCGCAGAUCAGCGGCAGAGAGGUGCAGACAUUUGUGGUGGAUUCGUCACUGCUGGCAGACGUGGUUGGAGUCAGGCUGGAGGGCGACUUUGAGGACAGACUCCUGAGCAAUAUGCCGUUCUCAGCAGAUGUAGAAAUUGAAGGAAACAAGAUCAAUAAAAUGAACGCCGUUAAUGAGAUGUGAAGAUGACGUCCAGUGUUUGGCUGGGCUGCAGCUUUGAUGGCGAUGAGCCGACAGCAGCAGAAUGAUCUGAACUGGAAGUUCACCAAAGAUUUUUACUGCUCUCUGAAAUCAGGCUUAUGUUCUGAACCUGUGUGUUUUUAUCUUUCUUCAAUUCUUUGUGCAAAUGAGUGGUUCUAGUUUAGUUUAGUUGUGUGUUCAUAAUCACGCUCUGCUGAAUCUCUGUGAUGGUGACGUGUGCCUGCUUGGAUUGGUUUUGUUUAUAAAUCUGGAAUUUAAUAAAAAUA